CAUUUUUACUACACAUCAUUUUAAUUCAAAAUUUUAUAAUGAUUGUUGAAAUAUCACUGAUAAUAACUGCAGUUAAAUUCUUUUUUAUGCCACUUUACCGGUCUACAGACUUUGAAGUGCACAGAAAUUGGCUUGCUGUUACACAUAAUCUUACAAUCGAUAAAUGGUACUACGAUGAAACUUCCGAGUGGACACUUGAUUAUCCACCAUUUUUCGCGUGGUUGGAAUAUGGUUUAUCCCAUAUUGCGAAACUUUUCGAUCCAGAAAUUGUAAAAAUAGAAAAUUUAAACUAUGAAUCGGAUAUGACAGUUUUGUUUCAAAGGUUGUCUGUUAUAGUAUUAGAUUUUCUUUAUAUAUAUGGCGCUAAAAGUUGUUCAGAUCUUGUAAGCAAUGGGAACCUUUUAGUUUUUAUUCUCCUUGUUGCUAAUCCAGGGCUUCUGAUGGUUGAUCACAUCCAUUUCCAAUACAAUGGAUUCUUAUUUGGAAUUUUAUUGUUAUCUAUAUCAAAUAUGAUUACAAGUAACUUCAUAUAUUCCGCAUUUUGGUUUGCAGUUCUACUUAACUUUAAGCAUAUAUUUUUGUAUGUGGCUCCAGUUUAUGUGGUCUAUAUGUUAAGAGCAUAUUGUUUCACCGUAUCAUCUAAUGACGGUGUUCACACACCCUGGUACUCAUUUUCUCUGACAAACCUUAUAAAGUUAGGUCUGACCGUCAUAUCUGUGUUUUGCCUGUCAUUUGGACCUUUCAUAGAUCAGAUACCACAGGUUUUUUCAAGACUUUUUCCAUUUCAAAGAGGAUUGUGUCAUGCCUAUUGGGCUCCAAAUUUUUGGGCACUAUACAACGUUACGGAUAAGAUUUUACAAAAAUUUUGUAAGUAGUGUUUGUUUGAAGCUUCAAUGACGGGUGGCUUAGUUCAAGAAUAUAAGCAUGCAAUCUUGCCGACAAUAACACCAUCUGUGACUUUUAUGCUCACUGCAGCCUCUAUGGUACCUGCUCUUAUAAAGUUAUGGCAUCUUGGAGCUGAUAGAGGUUAUAGAUGCCUAAGUUUUGUCAGGUGUUUGACAUUGUGUGCAACAUGUGCAUUUAUGUUUGGUUGGCAUGUACACGAAAAAGCUAUAUUGAUGAUCCUGAUUCCUCUCAGUUUUCUCUCUGUGUUGGGCGAAAUAGAUGGUAAACUGUUUGUAUUUAUCACAACAAUUGGUCAUUACUCACUGUUUCCUUUAUUAUAUCCAAAUAAUUUAUUGUCUAUCAAAAUUUUUAUGUUCCUAACUCAUAUAGCGAUUGCAUUUUGUUAUAUUCCAUCCUUAUAUGACGUGUCUAAAAGUAAGUCUAGCAAAAAACGUGGAUUUUUACUUUUGCCAGGCCUAACAAGUUGUGAGUCAUUAUAUUUAUAUGGAUUCAUGAUAUUAUGUAUUUAUGAAAAUGCUUUACAUUCAUUUUUGGGGUUGAAUAAAUAUUUGCCUUUUCUGCCACUAAUGAUUACUUCAGUUUAUUGUGCGCUAGGUGUUUGUUAUUUUUGGGUUUAUUUGUAUCACUAUUUUCUUACAUUUAAUUUAAGUAGAGUUCCCACUUUAAUGACAAGAAGAACAGCGCAGUAUUUAAGGAAAGUAAAAUAAGGUACACUGAUUUUUAAUAUAUGAAUAGUUUAAAAUUAUAACAAUAUAAAUGUUACUAAGGAUCAACGUUACAAUAAACAAA